UUUUCUUUUUUAAUUUCCAUCCUGAACAUCAGUUGUGUGUGUCGGGGAACAUUUGAAGAGAAAAAACAACCCUCAACGUAUAGACGACUUUAUAGAAGAUGAUGUGCCAGUCAUGACUGUGGGUUAUUUUUUCUUCCCGACCACUAGGUGGCGGUGAUGCGCUUUGUACGACUAAAGAAGAUACUGAAACUCUUCCUCGACCCUCAAGUACUUCCUGUUAUGGUGGACACCUGAACAUCGAUCAUGCGUUUUUGAUCAAAUCAGAGGAAUAUGUGCGUUUUGCAGAUAUGUUUCGUAAAAUAAUCAACAGCGGUUCGCUGCAGACACUUUGCAGAAUAUCUAGAACUAAAGUUAGACUGCCAGGUCGCGGGCUUUCCUCACAAACGCACACUAAUGUCACAUCUCAGCUGCUGAGCCCUCGCGCUCUGGGGUCACCCCGGCGGCACUGCUCACACCUGCCGGGAGGAGAGAGCGCGGACUGUGGGACCCACGACCCUGACAAAGGUGGUUUACCGGGACCCGAGCAGCAAAGGGUCCGUGAGGAGUUUAAUAUCGAUGUGUUGGUGGGUCUACUGCGUCAGGAGAAUGCGGUGGAUGUGUGUGUGAUCCACGUGCCUCCGGAGCUGCGAUACACAAACUACUUCAUCACCGCUUCCGGAGUCUCCACUCGACACCUGAGAGCCAUGGCAACCUACGCCCUCAAAGUGUAUAAGUUUCUGAAGAGUGGUGAUUAUGGUCACGUGCGUAUUGAGGGCAAAGAUGCAGAAGACUGGAUGUGCAUCGACUUCGGUGACAUGGUUCUUCACCUGAUGUUGCCGAGCACUAGAGAGACGUAUGAGCUGGAGAAACUCUGGACUCUGCGUCACUAUGACGACCAGCUAUGCAGAAUCCCCCCCGACAUCUUGCCCCCCGACUUCAUCUACGGGGCCGACGCACACAAGUGACAUCAUCUGCAUGCAACGCCACCUAUGGACUCCUAUUACAUAUUGGGUGGCGCUCAAGACUAGUUCAUCUUCUCCUGUUGCUCAUGGCCACAUUGUCCCGUGUUACCUUGCCUCCGUGGAGAAAACAAUGGCUGUAUUCGUGAUGAUGCAUUUCUGCACAAUCUGUGCAGAGCGCAUGUGCAACGUGAAAUUACUAUGCAUUCUGAAAUUACUAUGCAUUAGAAAUUUCUGCACGCUCCACAGACUGCACAGAAAAGUGCUGUCACGAACGCGACCAAUAACAUUUCCCUAAUGUCAGCCUAGGCCAGUGGUUCUCUAGCUUUUUUGAACAAAAGCUCCCUUGACCUUGACAUAAGCCUCCCAAUGCCCCCUUGACCUCAUCCUAAGCCUGCCAAUGUCCCAGUAGACCAUAGCAACUCAGCAUGGCCCCCCUCUCAGCUGUAUCCUUCUGAACCCCCCAGGGCUCCCCGAUGCCCCCUGGGCGUCUGUUGAGCCCACGCUCAGAAACAGUAGCGUAGGCCGAGUAACUUUACCCCAUUUAACAUCCUGUUUGCAAAUGAGAUAUUAUGAAUUAUGCUUUUGAAAUAUGACAACAUAUUACGAGGUAAGGGUGGGAUUUGAACCUGCAACCCUUUGCUCUUAAGAGCACCUCCUCAAUCGUUAGGCCACAGCUGCCCCACAGUUCUGAACAAAACUUUGAUCAGUAAUGACAUUGAGCCUUGUGUCACAAGGCCACGGGCAUCAGGAAAGGACAAGAUGAGCUAGUUUGAGUUGCACAGAUGGCUUCUCAGUUGGUGAUAAGUGUGUGUUUUAAACAUGUACUAUACGUGUGCGUGUGCGUGCGUGUGUGUGUGUGUUUGUGAUUAAGGAUACAACAUGAUUGUGUAUGAGUGUGUGAGCGAGAGAGAGAAGGAAGUAGGCUGUCAGGGAGAUUGAUAGAUGACUGUGUUGUAUGUACAUAUACAUGAAUGUCUGUGUUAUUUGUUUGAAUAUCUGUUUUAUUUGCUUUAAUAAAGGCAUUUUGUUUUUGGAA